CCCCCGCCUACGUUGCACCCAUGCGUCGCUCUUAAAUGAGCCAGUUGCCUCGUCGGCUGUCAGAAGACAGGCGAGUCAACCCCGGUACUCCUCCACAAUGUACGCGGACAAGUUGGACAAAAGGCAAACUAUUGAACUGAGGAAGAAGCAUAUCGGGCCUUCAUGCGAGAUCUUCUUCACUGAUGACCCCAUUAAGAUAGUGCGAGCCAGGGGUCAGUACAUGUAUGACGAGAGGGGGCAAUGCUACCUGGACUGUAUCAACAAUGUGGCUCAUGUGGGUCACUGUCACCCGGAUGUGGUGAAGGCCGGCGCAGAGCAGAUGGAGCUGCUCAACACCAACUCACGCUUCUUGCAUGAUAACUUGGUGCUCUACGCCCAGAAGCUGCAGGCCAUGCUACCAGAGGAGCUGUCUGUCUUUUACUUUGUCAACUCUGGAUCUGAAGCCAAUGACCUGGCGCUCCGCCUCGCCCGCCAGUACGCGGCCAGCCAAGAUAUCAUCACCUUGGACAACGCCUAUCACGGUCAUGUGACGUCGCUCAUUGAAAUCAGCCCCUACAAGUUCCACCAUCUGUCCGACGGGCCCCUCAGUCCAUUUGUGCACGUGGCCUCGAGCCCAGAUGUGUACCGAGGCAAGUACAGAAGAGACCACCCUGAUCCUGCAACGGCGUACGCAGACGAGGUCCGAGACAUCGUAGAGCAAGUGCAGAACAAAGGAGGCAAGGUAGCCGCUUUUAUUGCGGAGUCACUGCAGAGUUGUGGCGGACAGGUCAUUCCCCCCGCAGGCUACUUCCAGCAGGUGGCGCAGCAUGUGCGCAAAGCAGGAGGACUUUUUAUUGCAGACGAAGUCCAAGUGGGCUUCGGACGGGUGGGUACCCACUUUUGGGCCUUCCAACUCCAGGGCGAUGACUUUGUGCCCGACAUCGUUACAAUGGGCAAACCAAUAGGGAACGGACACCCGAUGUCAUGUGUGGUCACAAGCAGGAAGGUGGCUGAGGCCUUCAUGUCGUCAAAGAUGGAGUACUUUAAUACAUUCGGAGGCAACCCUGUGUCGUGCGCCAUUGGUCUGGCCGUCCUGGAUGUGAUCGCCAAGGAGGAUCUGCAGGCAAAAGCUUUGCAAGUAGGCGAGUACCUGAUCUCUCUGCUGGAGGCUCAGAAAGAGAAGCACCCUCUCAUCGGUGAUAUCAGGGGUCACGGCCUGUUUGUGGGGGCAGAGCUGGUGAAGGACCGCUUAAAGUUGACCCCGGCCACAGCAGAGGCCCGAGAGGUCAUUUAUCGCUUAAAGGAGCAGCGAGUACUCCUCAGCGCAGACGGACCUCAUCGCAACGUGCUGAAGUUCAAGCCGCCCAUGUGCUUUGACACCGACAAUGCCGACUUUGUGGUGAACAAACUUGACCGCGUACUCACAGACAUUGAAGCGGCAACAGGAAUGAAUACAGUCAACUUAGUAAAUGGAGUGAAUGACGUCACUAAAAUACACUUUAGAAAAGGUUGCAUUGGUGACUCCUCAUAGCAGGGCAGCACGCAUCAACCAUUCAAAACACCAAGAGACCAGAAACCUUCAUUUUAAAACCUUAAUAUUGAUAAGCUGCAGAUUUAAGAGAACAUGCAAUGCUUGCUUGGUGGUUGUUUUACUAACUUGACUUUUAUUACGCAUUAUCAUUUAUCAUAAUAGAGAACUCAAUGAGACACACUGAGGAAUAGUGCAUUAGGUGUCACAAUGGAGGAGGUCGGAACACAUUAACGAGAGAACUUCAAACAAUUAAAUUACAGUAAGUAUUUAAUAAACUGCUGAUUUUGCAGGUUUUUGUCACCGUAUUUUAGAAUGUUUAAUUUCAGUGGGUGCUACUAAUCUAAAUACUAAACAGAUAUGACUUUAAUUUACAAAUGCUGGUGCAAUAUGUGGAUUUGAUUUGUGUAAUUAGCGAAUGGUUUACAUGUGCAAUAAUAUUUGGAAAGACUUGACACUUUCAUCACCCUUGAAGUGAAUGAAUGCAUCUUGGAACAUAAA